AUGCAUUCGAUCGACAGUAUCUAUAGUGACUAUUGUAAACGACAUGAAGAUGCCGUAUUAAAGCUACAAGAAUUAGAAUUACAACCUGAAGUGCAACAUUGUAAAGAACAAAUUCAAGGCAAAACAACCAGUUGGGAUCUUGGCAGUUUAUUGAUUAAACCAGUACAGCGUGUACUUAAAUACCCAUUGUUACUUCGAGAGAUAUUGACAUUGACUCCGCCUACACAUGAUGAUCAUGAUGACCUAUCAGCCGCUGUAAAAGAAAUUCAAGAAGUAGCCGAUAAUAUCAACGAAAUCAAGCGUAGAAAAGACAUUGUUGAGAAGAUUGUAGGGGAUAAGAAAAAGACAGAGAUCAAUGUUGUAGCACAAAAGAUCAAACAGGCAACAGGAUUUGCAGCCGAACCAACGCAUGAUUUAUUGUUUGAAGCCUUGUAUGAAAAGUUUGAGGAACAACAAGAACUAGUACGUCAAUUAGCUCGGGAUGUGCAAGGGUGGGUUCGCCAUGUCAAAGUUGGAUUUGAGAAUCUUCAACAACUUGCCUGUAGUAUGGAAUCCCUGUAUACUUCAUGGGGCGGUGUUCGUGUCAAGAGUAGACAGGCUGUUCAGAAUUUCAGUAAAAUGGCAGCGUAUUUAUCGACCAAUUUAGCCCGAGAAUUGGACAAUGAUGUACGUGGUUAUGUCUACAGUCGCAUUGAUGAUUUCCUCAGAGUGUUUGAAAAUCCAACUCAAGUGAUUAACAAGAGAGCCAUGAAGAUGAUUGAUUAUGACCGUGUACGAGAUAUGAAACUCAAGGGAGAUAUACCAGAUAAAGCAUUACAAGAAUCAGCCGAUGCGUAUGUCUCUAUCAAUGGUCAAUUAGUAGACGAACUACCAAAAUUCUUUGCAUUGACAGCACAGUAUUUUGAUAUUCUGAUUGGAGGCAUUGCUCUUGUUCAGCUCAAAUUCAAUGGACUCAUGCACCGAGAAUGGGUUAAAUUAGUAGAACAGCAUUUAGGCCUACAGGCUGCUACAUCCUAUCAAAGUAUGAUAGCAGCACACUUAGACCAGUUUGAAAAAUUAGAAGAAAUGACACACAAUAUCACUCUGUUGAAUAGAAAUCGAUAUUCUAUGAGUAAUUCAUCGAGUUCUUCAUUGUUAUUACGGACAUAUUCAUUGAAUGAUAGUGAUUCUAUGCGUACAAGCCAUGCUAUGAUGAAUGAAGAAUUUGAAUGUGUGUUGCUCUAUGAUUUUGAGGCAGAUGAAGAAGAUCAAUUGAAUGUCAAACAAGGUACUGUGCUUCGAAUAAGUCAAGAUCCAGACUAUUUGGAUCAAGAUUGGUGGUAUGGAACAACACUGGAUGGUCAAACUAAGUCUGGUUGGGUUCCUAUUACUUAUUGCAAGAAAUUGUGA